UAAAAUGUAUUUAUCUAAGUCUCAGAAACAAAAUGUUAGAACUUGAAGUUAGUGCACUAACAAGUAACUACAAUGUGAUAGGUGUUACAGAAACUUGGUUGUCGGAGAGUGAUGGAGACGAAUAUAAUAUUAGUGGGUAUACACUGUAUAGGAAAGACAGGCAGGACAGAAGAGGCGGAGGGGUAGCGCUAUACAUAAGAAAUAGUCUUGAAGCCCAGGUGUUAAAUCUGGAUGAAGAAAACAACGCUGAAUCAAUAUGGGUCAGAAUAAUGGACAAAAAUUCAAAGGGCAUAAUAAUAGGAACAUGCAAUAGACUGCCAAACUCAGACGCCGAGCAAAAUAAUCUGUUAUACAAUGACAUUAGAAAUGUGUGUAGCAAAGGAGAAGCCAUAGUAAUGGGGGAUUUCAACUUCCCCCAUAUAAAAUGGGAAAACCCGGUGGGGAGCACGACGGACGAAAUUGAAAUGGUGGAAAUGACAAAUGACUGCUUCCUAAUGCAAUUUGUCAAGGCACCGACUAGAGGGGAGGCAUGCCUUGAUUUAGUCUUUUCAAAUAACAAAGACAGAAUAACUAAAACAGAGGUCAGAGAACCAUUGGCAAACUCAGACCACAACAUGGUCUCAUUUGAAGUGCUUUUUAAAACCCAAAAUGUAAUGACUAAAGCUAAGGUUUACAAUUUUAGAAAAGUAAACUAUGAAGGUAUGAAAAAAAGACUAACAGAAGCAGAUUGGAGUAAAAUAGAGAAAACAGCCACAGAAAAAGGAUGGCUGUUUUUUUUUUAAAUGUAGUACUAGAGGCGCAAAACAAUUACACCCCAAAAGUAGACAAAUGUAAAUUUAAAACAAAAUGGCCAAAAUGGUUUAAUAGAUCAAUUAAAAAGAAUAUUCAGCAAGAAAAGGCACUUUACAGAGCGUUUAAAAGGGACCAAAAACAAAGUACACAGAAAGAGUACUUGGAACUGUAAACGCAAGUCAAAAAGGAAGUUAGAAAGGCCAAGAGAGAGAGAGAGAGAAUGAACAUUGCUAAGGGGGCUAAAACCAAUUUCAAAAUGUUUUUCCAAUAUUAUAACAGCAAGAGAACAUUCAAAGAGGAGGUUAAAUGUCUAAGAGAUACAAAUGGCAAAAUCAUAGAUGAAGAAGAAAAUAUAAUAGCAAAUAUAUUAAAUGAUUACUUUUCACAAGUUUUUACAAAGGAGGACACAGACAACAUACCCCACAUGUCGACCUGUUCAUAUCCAGUUUUAAAUAACUUUAGCAUAACAGAGGCAGAAGUGUUAAAGGGACUAGGAGCUCUUAAAAUAAACAAAUCCCCUGGGCUGGAUGAGAUCCUCCCAAUAGUACUCAAAGAAAUUAAAUAAGUUAUUUACAAACCGCUAACCAAGAUCAUGCAACAGUCUUUUGACACAGGGGUUGUACCGACAGACUGUAGAACUGCAAACGUAAUACCAAUCCACAAAAAGAGAGACAAAACCGGACAAGAAAAGGUAGCGAUUAAAAUCCUGGACAAGACGAAGCUGGACCAGAAGACGCAGCGUCUGCUGUCGAGAGAGAUCUCCAGCAUGGAGAUGCUGCACCACCCCAAUGUGAUCCGGCUGUACGAGGUUGUGGAGACCCUGUCCAAGCUGCACCUUGUCAUGGAGUACGCAGGAGGAGGGGAGCUCUUUACCAAGAUCAGCACAGAGGGGAGGCUCUCUGACACAGACAGCAGAAUCGUCUUCUCUCAAAUCCUCUCUGCAGUCAAACACAUGCACGAUAGAAGCAUAAUUCACAGAGACCUGAAAGCAGAAAAUGUGUUUUAUACCUGCAACACGUGCGUGAAGGUGGGAGACUUCGGCUUCAGUACCAUCAGCAAGAAGGAAGAGACCCUCAACACGUUCUGUGGCUCCCCGCCUUACGCAGCCCCUGAACUGUUCAGAGACGAGAACUACGUGGGCGUCUUCGUGGACGUCUGGGCGCUGGGCAUCCUGCUCUUCUUCAUGGUGACUGGCACCAUGCCUUUCAGAGCAGACACUGUAGCUAAGCUGAAGAAGUGCAUUCUGGACGGCACUUAUACCAUCCCCCCUUAUAUCUUAGAGCCCUGCCAGAGACUGAUUCGAGGCAUCCUGCAGCCUGUGCCUGCCAACCGCUACACUAUAGACCACAUCAUGACCAGCGAGUGGCUUCACUCGGUCCAGUUUCCCAAAGCUAUGGAGCCUUUCAAACUGGACCCCAUGUAUCUGGCUGAACCCUGUGACCUGAAGGAAGAGGAGGUGGAAGUUAAAGUGGCUUUGGAGAAUCUGGGCAUCACAGAGGAGCACAUUAGGAACAACCAGGGGAAGGACUCGCGCAGCUCCAUCACUGGAGUUUACCGCAUCAUCCUGCACCGUGUGCAGAAGAGACUAGCAAGGGAGAGCGUGCCCAUUAUCACACAGCUGGAACUCAAAGACUCCAAGAAAGAGAGGCACAAGCCUUAUCGUGAGAUCAGGUACACAUCCAAACUCUGUUCAAUUUUAUAAAUUGAGAAGAUGUCAUUGUCUUUAAUCAUACAGAUUUUGUACUGAAAAUAGAAUGUGUUUUUUUUUCACAAUGUUUGUGUUACAUUUUUGUAAGGUUAAAUUAAUAAAUUGUGUCUCUUAAUUCAA